AUGGCAACAUCAAAGAAAAAUAUCGUCAUACUUGGCGGCUCCUUCGGCGGCAUUUCCACUGCCCAUUAUCUUCUCAAGCAUGCCAUUCCCAAACUCGCAAGCCCAGAAACCUACCACGUCGUUCUUGUCAGCGCGUCCCCGGAGGCGAUCUGUCGCCCAGCCUGCCCGCGUGCAAUGCUUUCAGACAAGUUUUUUAACCAGGAGAAGCUUUUCGUUUCGAUCCCUGGUCUCUUUGAACAGUAUUCAGCAGAAAAUUUCCACUUCGAGCAUGCAACUGUGAUCAAUAUAGACCACGAAAAUCGAGUUUUGCAAGUCAAAUUCGCCGAAGCAGAGCAAGAAAAGUCCAUUGAUUUUCAUGCGCUGGUCAUCGCGACCGGAGCGUCAACAGUAUCGCCAUUGUUUGGGUUGAAUAAGGAUGCAGCCAGUCUGCGAGCGGCUUGGGCUUUGUUUCGAGAGGCACUUCCUACAGCCAAGCGCAUUGUCAUCGCAGGAGGCGGGCCAACGGGGGUUGAGACCGCUGGCGAGUUGGGCGAGUAUCUGAACGGUCGCGCUUGGUGGUUCAGCUCGAAAUUGGACAGCCCCAAAGUGCAGAUUACGCUUGUCACAUCUGGCGAUCGCAUUUUACCGCAUCUCCGCCCAAGUCUCGCCCAGAAAGCAGAGGGGCUCCUUGCUCGAGUUGGAGUGACGGUGAUCAAGGGUACAAAGGUGGUUUCGGUAGAACCAGCGAAUGCCGGCACGGCAGACUCUCUCGUGACAAAAGCAACAGUGACGCUGGCGGAUGAUAAGACAAUUGAGGCAGAUAUCUACAUUCCGGCUGUGGGAACAAUGCCCAACACGGGCUUCGUUUCGAAGACUCUGCUCGCAUCAGAUGGGCGAAUAGAAAACAACUCCUCCACGCUACGUGUCGACUCUGCAGGCCCGCGGAUUUACGCAAUUGGCGACGCAGCAUCAUACGCCCGCCCAGCUGUGCACACCACUUUGAAUGCCAUGCCUGUCCUUUGCGCUAAUCUCAAGCGCGAUUUACUGCUCGCAGCCGGAACUAGCGAAGCCGCUGCCGGAGAAGACCGCGCAUUCAAGGAAGACACACGCGAGACGCAGCUAGUUCCCAUUGGUACGAGUAAAGGCGUGGGUGCCGCGAUGGGAUUUGCAAUUCCCAGUUUCUUGGUCUGGCUGAUCAAAGGCCGGGAUUACUGGCUAUGGACGACAGGGGAUAUUUGGAGUGGGAAACAGUGGGCCAAGGAGUCAUAA